AUUGAUUGUGUCCUGUGCUGAAGAUGUUUCCAGAACAACAGAAAGAGGCAUUGAUUUGUUCAUUAUAUGAUAUUAAUGGAAUGCCAGGCACUCAAGUCCCAUAAGACAGCCUAAGCUGCCCCCCAGGAGCUUAGUGUCUGUUGGAGGAGGCCUCCAGGAAUUUGUAAGUGUCUGGGUUCGAGAUCCUAGGAUUCAGAAGGAGGACUUCUGGCAUUCUUACAUUGACUAUGAGAUAUGUAUUCAUACGAAUAGCAUGUGUUUUACCAUGAAAACAUCCUGUGUACGAAGAAGAUACAGAGAAUUUGUGUGGCUCAGACAGAGGCUUCAAAGUAAUGCAUUGCUGGUAGAACUGCCAGAACUUCCGUCUAAAAACCUGUUUUUCAACAUGAACAAUCGCCAGCACGUGGAUCAGCGUCGCCAGGGUUUAGAAGAUUUCCUCAGAAAAGUCCUGCAGAAUGCACUUCUGCUUUCAGACAGCAGCCUUCACCUCUUCCUGCAGAGCCAUCUGAACUCAGAUGACAUCGAGGCGUGCGUUUCCGGGCAGACCAAGUACUCUGUGGAGGAGGCAAUUCACAAGUUUGCCUUGAUGAACAGACGUUUCCCUGAAGAAGAUGAGGGGAAAAAAGAAAAUGACAUAGAUUAUGAUUCAGAAAGUUCAUCCUCUGGGCUUGGACACAGUAGUGAUGACAGCAGUUCACAUGGAUGUAAAAUAAGAACCACUCCGCAGGAAUCCUAAAAGAGAAUUCUAACGUCACUAUCUUAGGAACUGCAAAUUAUGUCCAGUCAGGGAGAAGGAAGCUUGGGAAUAAUACAUUCCUACCUAACGCUCACCGUCAUGAUAUUAGGUAUUCAAAUUCUUAAAGAUGUCGGGUUAUUAGUGGCGUUUUGAUGUUGUUUUAUUUUAGCUAAGCUUCUGUAUAAAGCUAAAAUCCUGUGAAUGCCAUGCUAUCCUUUGUAGGCAGCCGUGAUUGGUAAACAAGAUCUUGCCCUCAAAUGAAAUGAUUUGUUUGGAGAAAAAACAAACCUAUUUGGUUUUAUUGAAUUUUAAAAGAUAGGUAAAUAAGUAGUAUUGAAAAUCAAGAUAGAGCAUUCCUUCUUGAAUCAAUGGGGCAGUGUUGCUGUAAACAGAGCGUAUAUGGUAUUAACCACUAUGAAGAAUUAUAGUGUAGACCAGACUGCCUCUCUCAGACAUGUGGCUGACAUUUUGUGGGUACCCGCCUUGCACUGGCAAAACACUAUGCUUUUGAGUGUUUGACUGAAAUAUUUUAAGAGUAUUUAACCUUUCCAGUAUUCUGUUUCACUCUUAGAUGGAAAAUGUAUCUUAUGAAUAGAGACGUAUUAAAAUAAUGUUUACACCUUAGGAAAAACAGAAAUAGUGCUAGUAAUUUUACUUAUAAUUGCAAUAUAUAGACUCAGAAAUACAUUUUCACUGUCCAAAAUCAGCUUAAACAAAUGGAUUCUGGAAACAAAUCACUUAUUUUCAUUAUCAUAGUUUAAUUAAGAUUACAGGUUAAUGACUUAUUUUCUGACUGAAUGUGCAGUUUCUUAUCACUAGAUAACUUUCAGUAUCAGUGGUGGUUAUUUAUUACUUAAAUCAAGAGAAGGAUCUUAUUAGUUUAAUUUUACCAAUAAAUUUUUCCAUAAUUUAGAAAAGGAGGUAACUUGCCAAUUUUAGAAUUAAUUAUUCAUUUUUUUAAAAAGCCCUUUCUUUUAAAACAGUCUACUUGAAGUCUGGCCUAAUUUUAACAAAAUAUCUUUUUUUUUUUUUUUUAGUGUACCAAAGAUAAGAUGUCUUAGAUAAACUACUUUGAACUUCAAAUUUCAGAUGAGGCAGCAUUUUCUUGAGAUAAUUACCCAAGUUUCUUCCUUGUUGGAUGGUACGAAAUAUGUCUGUGAAACUAACAGGAAGAUAUUUUCCCAUAACUGGGAUAACUUGUUGCUUUAAUUAAAUGUUACCCAGCCUAAUUGGAGAGCUGCAGAGGCUACUGCAAAAGCAACCUUUUCAUUUCAAGCAGGAUUUAAUAGUUACAUUAUUAAAAGGUAUUUGAGAUGUUUGUUUCAAAGAACCAGCAGGAAUAAAAAAAAUAAGAAACUAAGAACCAAUAGAAAAAAAUUAAAUUUAGAAUAAGAAUGAUUUAUUUAAUUUGUCCUUUUUAAUUCCCAUCUGCAAUGACUUUAAAUAAUUUGUUCUUUUAAAAAAUUUUUCUUGGUUUGGUUUAAAACAUUAUUAAAUUUUUGUAAAUAUUUUAAUUUAAUGUGUCUUAAAUUCUCAUUAUUUUAAUAUAGGAAAGGAAAAGAUUUAGCACUUUAUCUUGCUAACAUGUAAAGUUUUCCAUCUGGGCAGUUAAGAGUAUUUAAAAUCUCCCUCCCCUCAGCAACAUGUAUUUGAAUUCACAAUAUUUCUGUUUUAUAGCAGCUUUGAAAAGCAUAUCUGUGCCACCAACUGUUAUAUUCUUUUAGAUGAUGUAAUACAGACAUCAAAAUUAAUAUUAAGUAAUACCUAAUAUUUGGUAUGUAAACGUCAUGGGAUCAUCAUUUUCACAUUAAACAUGAAAAAAGGAAA